CUGCCUCUGGAGCAGGAGGCCUGGGGUCAUGUCCCAUAUGCACCUAGCUGUGUAGUAACAUCUCUGGACAGAUUGAUUAGAAAAUAUGAAAAAAAGGAUAUAUUGCAGUAAGUUGGCAAUUGAUUCAGAAGCACGGGUGAUUUAACGGUGGAGGAUGAAUAUUUGCAUCAAUGCAAAUUUAACUAUAUUGCUUGUGAAAUUUGAAUUCACUUAAUAAAUUUGUAAUUUUUUAAAAAUGUGGGUAUAUUGGUGGAAUGGGACAGACUAGUGUGCUUUACAGAGAGUUGGCCUGGAUUCGGAGAACCGAGCAUCAUCCUCCACUGCCAUAAAUGACUUAUGAACUCGUGGUAACACUUCAAUAUACUGCAUCUGAAACUUGUAUUGAAUCAUAGAAUGGCUAAAGCAUGGAAGAAGAGCACUUGACCCAUCCUGUCUAUGUCAGCCUCCUGUAGAAGAGUUAGUUAAUCUCACCCCCCUCCUCUUUCCAGGUAGUCCUGCAAGUAAUUCCUUUUCAAAACCUUAACCAACUCUCAUUUUUGUAGGUCCCAAUUUUACCUGCCUCCACCACAAAUUCCAGUACAUAUACUUCUCAAGAGCUUAUUCAUUUAUUUACUCUUCUGUCUAUAUCUCUGAAUUUAGUUGAGGACUCAGGGCAAUUGUCUGCUCAGUGUAUGCCACUGUGUCAACACCUCUGAUUGGUCUGUUCCAUCAGUAAGUCAGGACACACUCAGUAUGGUAUCAGGGAGUCAAAACAAAAAAAACACGGGAGCCAAUGGAAAUCACAGGGAAAAUUCUCUGUUAGAUGGAGUCUAUACAUGCAAAAAAGGAAUCUGGUUGUGCGGGUGUUGAUCAAUUACUUUAGUUCCAGAAUUUCUCUGCAGGUCUUCCUCAGCAGUAUUCUAGGAGCAAUAUUCAGUUGCUUCACCAAUGAUCUUGCCUCCAUCCUAAAGUCAGAAGCGGGGAUGUGUGCUGAUGAUUGCACAAUCAGCACUAUUUGUGACACCCCAAAUAAUGAAGUGACCUGACUCUGUCUGGAACAUUGUCUGUAAGAAUUAAUUGAACCAGCUGCCAAAUCUGCUAAAAAAGAACUGGAUAACUCAACUGAAGAUGUAACUAAAAAAAGUUCAACCAGUGACAGUAGAAAGGCAGCAAAGUCAUCUGUAGAGGAUAAAGGCAACAAAGAAGCACAUAGCUUUUGGCUGAUGAAAUCAGAACCAGAAAGCCGAAUUGAAAAUGGUGUUGAUGUGAAGUUUGGAGUUGAGGAUUUGAAGGCACAACAAAAUCAGACGGCAUGCUGGGAUGGUGUUCGGAACUACCAGGCUCGAAAUUUCAUGAAAGCUAUGAAGUUGGGACAGCUGGCCUUUUUCUACCACAGCAAUUGCAAAGAGCCUGGAAUUGCUGCACUUGUCAAGGUCGUAAAGGAAUCUUACAUUGAUCACACACAGUUUGACAAGAAAGAUCCUCAUUAUGAUCCCAGAAGCACAAAGCAAAAUCCAAAGUGGUUCAUGGUGGAUGUGCAAUUUGUGAGGAUGAUGAAACGUUACAUCUCUCUGGCUGAAUUGAAGAGACACCAUCAAGAACACAAAACAAAGGAUGGUCCACUGAAAAACAUGGCACUGUUUACCAGGGCUAGGCUUUCUGUGCAGCCAGUAACCAAAGAGGAGUUUGACUUUGUACUGAGCCUUGAAGACCAAAAGCCAGUUUAAAUGGAAGAAGGUGCAGAUGGGAGAGUCAUUAUUCAGUCUUCCAGUUAUUAAUUCUGUCUUGGGUGUACUGAACUCAUUUGUUGCGUGCAUGUAUUUAUCUAGUAGUCUGAAGCAACACAUUUUCUUUGGUAACAGGAAGAUGGGCUGCUGAAUUGUAAGUGGACUUGAUUUUUCUGCAUUUCUGCAGUCAGUAUGCUUCCUAAAGGGGACAAAUGUAUACUAUCAUAGUAGGCCAAACACUCAGAAGAGGUUAUAGUAUGGCACAGAAGCAACAGAAGAGUGGUCUGUAAAAUAUAUAACUUGUUUUGAAAUUAUCUGCAUUCCCCCAUUUCAGGAUUACUGUCUUCACUUUCACCUGCAGACAAAGUACAGAAAGAGGAAAGCAUUAACUACCCAAACAUUUUCAUGUAUAAAUAAAUACCUGAACUAACAUGUUAUUUUGAAGGUUUGUCCUUGAAAUGCUGUAUAAUUGAAUAAA